CCCUCCUCUCACUCUUCAUUCACUCAUUACACAGUUCUCGACGCGUCCAGGUCGGUCAUCAUCUCUGGUAGACAGAGCCGGCCCCGAUGCGCCCGAACGCGUAACAUCCCUCAUACCCCACCCCACUCUUCAAAUCUCCGAUCUGCCAUCAGCCAACUCUCUCCACGAUCCCGAUCACACUCUGAUUGCUCGACCCCCUCCACCUUCACAAUGCCUCACGCAACAGAGCCGCCGGUCCCAGAGGCCGAAGACUCUGCCUUCGACAAUGUGAUGCGACAGAUGAACGGGCCCUUCGGGGAGGGCGGCAUGUCCUUCGACUUCCUGACGCGCGAGUUGGAACCAGGCGAGAAGGCCGACGACGCCGUGGACUACGAGGAUUUCGACGACGAUGAGUUGCCCGAAGAAGAAGAGCGAACGGGGCCUCCGGCCGACGAUAACAGAAUGAUGGAUCUCGGCGAGGACGACGCCGACAAGGACCUCUUUGGGGCCGAAGACGAGGAUCUUUUUGGCGGUGAUGGCGGCGCGGACGAUGACUUCGGUGCUGCCGCUGGCCAGGAGGAUGGGAACGAUACACAGCAGGGUCCGCGCGAUGAGUUGGACGAUCUUUUCGGCGAGGGUCCCUCCUCGCCCGGCCCGGAUCACGCGGAUCCCACCAGAGACCUGUUCUUCGACGAGGAGGAGGACACCACGACGACGGCCAAUGAACCACGACCCGUCAUGAAGGAGGCGGCGGCCACGGAGCCGGUGACGGGGCCCCCGGUUGCGUCGUUGCCACAGGAGCCCGCCGCGCCGAUGGAUGAAGAUGAGGUGGACCUGCUGCAGGAGGAUGAGCCGCUAAGUCCCACGGCGGAGGACAUGGAUCCCGCGUCGCUGCGGGCGUGGAAACUCCAGCAGCAGCUGUUCGCCAUGUCGGCGUACGGGCCGGAUAACCCGCCGGCUCCGCCGGAGAAUGUCGAGGAGUUGCUACAUUCCCUCUUUCCAUCCUUCGAUCGAAACGCCCUGCCCCGGUUCCUCGAGCUUAUUCCGCACAAGAAGGCUUUCUUCCUAGGCAAGCAGCCGAUUAAACCCCCGAAGCCGGUGAUUCCGAGCAAGGUGAACAUCGAACUGGCGCAGGACCAGGAACGAGUGUUUAAGGCCGCAGGUCAGGUCUUCAAGCGUCCGCAUGAAGCAGAGCAUUCGGGCUUAGUCACGAUUCUAGAAGCUGCGCAGGAGGACGAAGAAGAGAUCAGAGAUGACUUUGAGCACGAUACGGACACGGACGAGGCUUUACCUGGAGGGAUCUCCCUGCAUGACCUCCAGACGGUCUGCGCGGAUUGGGAUGUCAAGGACGAUAUCUCCAUCAUGGAGGUGGAUGAGCCGGAGCCUCAGGAGGUGGAUCCGAUUGAGGACGACUGGCUUCUCGAGACGAAUCGUCCCGCCAAGAAACGCAAGAUUGGUCGAGACCCGAUGGAGGUCGUGGCGCUCGCUCACAUCGACGUGCCAGUUGUCGAUGACCCCGAGCAAGCAACGUCACGCAUCGCCCAGAAGGUGAUUGUUGACAUGAAUGACCCGCACAUCCUUCUUGACGACCGAGGACCGGAGAACGCCACACAGAAACCCAAGGCCCUGGGAGCUCUCAACCGGGAUGAGUUGGACGCAAGCGUCACGAAGCGCCUCACAUCGCGUUAUAACAUCUCCAAUGAUCAAGCCUACGAUAUGCUCAAGCAGAACCAUCAGAACAAGGUUCGCAGCACCCUGGGUAAUGUGACUCUGGAGCAUAGUAUGCCUGCUCUCCGGCUCCAGUGGCCUUACUACAAGACGGAGCUGGCCAAGGCCGAAGCUCGCUCGUUUCACCGUCCAGCACUCACGUUCAGGCCCGGGCAGACGUGUUGGUUCAAGAACACCGCUUACAUCAAGCGCAAGCACCAAAGGGGCAAAGAUGUCAAGGCGCUCUUCGAUUCUACAAAGUCCCUUUCUUUGGCCGAUAACUCAAACGUUCUGCUGGUCGAAUACUCGGAAGAAGUUCCUAUCAUGCUAUCCAAUUUUGGUAUGUCCAACCGCUUCAUCAACUAUUACCGCAGAAAGAGCAUGGAAGAUCCCACACGGCCGAAAGCAGAAAUCGGCGAGACUGUGGUUCUGCUUCCUCAGGACAAGAGUCCGUUCUCGAUCUUCGGUCAUGUCGACCCCGGUGAAAUCACGCCCGCCAUCUCCAACUCGAUGUACCGCGCUCCGCUCUUCCAACAUCAGGCCAAGUCCACCGACUUCCUGAUCGUGCGCAGCACCACUGGCUCGGGCGGUAGCGACUACUACAUCCGGAACAUUGAGAAUCUGUAUGUGGCUGGGCAGCAGUUUCCCUCGGUGGACGUGCCGGGCCCCCACUCGCGCAAGGUCACCACCGUCGCGAAGAACCGCAUGAAGAUGCUGGUCUAUCGCCUGCUGAAGAAGAGCCCCGACCUUCGCCUCUCCAUCAGCGACGUGACUGCGCACAUCCCCGGCACCAGUGAUAUGCAAAACCGUCAAAAGGUGAAGGACUUUCUCCAACACGACAAGGACUCGAAAUAUUGGGUGCCCAUGGAGCCUGUACCGGAACAGGAUGUCAUCCGGUCGUGGGUGCAGCCGGAGGAUGUGUGUUUGCUGGAAUCCAUGCAAGUCGGUCAGCAGCAUCUUCACGACACGGGGUUUGGCAAUGAUGCCGAAACUGGGGGUGACAAUGAUGACGAGGAUGGAGAAGGGGAGAGCUUUGAACAGCAAAUGGCACCCUGGAAGGCCACACGCAACUUCCUCCUGGCCUCUCAGGGUAAAGCGAUGCUCAAGCUGCACGGUGAAGGUGACCCCACCGGCCGUGGGGAGGGUUUCAGCUUCAUCAAGACCUCCAUGAAGGGUGGAUUCAAGGCUGUUGGCGAGAGUGUCGAGGACAAGCUUGAUGCGCAAAGGCUCAAAGAACUGGGAGGUCACAGCUACAACGUCGCUCGGCAGCAGAAGUCCUACGAAACCUCCAUUCGCCGCAUCUGGGAUGCGCAAAAGGCCAGUCUAUCGUCGACGGUUGAGCACUCGGACGAGGAGAGUGAUAUUGACAGAGAUGAUGAAGCGGAGUUCAGCAAACCGACCCCUCGAUCUGAAGCACCCACGCCGGCCCCGUAUCGGCGUGACGACGAGACGACCAGUCAGUUCAGUCGGAUGAGUUUGCCAGACCAGAGGGGCAAAGUUCUGCGCAUUAUGCGGACAUACAAGGACGAGAAGGGUCAACUUUACCAGAAGGAGACCAUGGUUUUUGAUCCCAAGGUUAUUCGGCACUACAUCGCGCACCGUCACCACGUGGAGGCUUUAAGCACCAAGCUUGAUUCCCUUCAGCCUACCGGUGAUCUGGAGAUUGAUGCUCGCAACAAGAAACUUCUGGAAGCCGAAUUGAGCCGUCUCAACCGCAACAAGGAGCGUCGCUUCGCUCGCGAGAAGCAGAAGGGAGCUGCCCGUGCCUCCGCCGGAGAUUCACCUGCCGACGGCGGCGGUGGCUCUGGCAAGUCCGCUGGCACACAGCGCAAAUGCGCCAACUGCGGCCAGGUCGGCCAUAUCAAGACCAACAAAAAACUCUGCCCCCUCCUCAACGGAACCAUGAAACCCGAAGACCGCGUCAGCGACUCUGCCUUUGCCAUGGGCGCGCCUCCCGCUCUGUGAAACCGUCGCUGACCCGGAUACCUCUUACCUUUUUACCCUUCUUCGAUCUAUGCGCUGCGCACGUCGCCUCACCAUCCACGUUCGCAGUCACACCCAACUUCUUCAAUAUCUCUUACUCUUCACCAUAUGAUACCCCCAAACCUCCACUUCUCGUCUCUCGGCUGUUCUCCCAUUCGGUAUCUUACCCUGACAUGAUUCCAAACAACGGCCAUUCUAGAUUUUUCUUUUUUAUCUCAAAUCGCAGGUGCAGCGUCAUAUCCGGAUUGUUUCGCUGGGGAAAAUGAAUGAAAUCACAUGCACUAUCAGACACCAAGCACUCUUUGCACAGUACUUAUUCAGAACUGCAUCACUGGUCCAUGUUGUUAGCGUUAGUUAGGCUUGGCGUUGGCAAUGGGGCGAGAUUCAUGUAAAUUGCCUCUAUUGAUCUGUUACUGGUAUUUUUGAGCAAGUCGGACGGUGGUCAUUUCCAGACUAGGUUCUCAAUAAGAUGGAGC